CCCUAAUCAAAUGAAUUGGACCAAUGGCUGCUUUUUCAUCCUCUUUUAUAAAUUAUUAAGAAAUGGACAAAAACCAAAAACAUUAGAAAGAACGAAAGGGGAGACCGGAAGAACACAGAUACAUAGAACCAAGAAACGGAAAAACAUGGGUUCUGAAAAGCAAGGGUUUAUAUGGUUAUCAGGGCUUUUGUUUCUAAAUAUCCUUGCCUUAUCCACAGCUGAAGUCCUUUAUUACGAGUUUUUUUUGCAAGAAUCCCAGUUCACUAAGCUGUGUAGCACGAAGAGCAUCUUGACCGUCAAUGGCAGCUUUCCAGGGCCUGAGAUUCGGGUUCGGAGAGGGGACACAGUUUUUGUCAACGUCCACAAUCAAGGAAACCAUGCUGUAUCCCUCAAGUGGGAGGGCGUUAAGGAUUCAAUUGAUGGUUCGAAUGAGUUGAUUCAGCCAGGGAGAAACUUCACUUACGAGAUAGAGUUAGAGGAUGAAAUAGGAACUCUCUGGUGGCACGCUACUAGUGCUUGGGCUGCGGCAACCGUACACGGCGCCUUUGUCAUUUUACCGGCAGCCAAUGAAGACUAUCCUUUCCCUGCACCUACUUCUGACCAAACAAUUAUACUUGGGGAAUGGUUCAGGGAAGAGUUAACGGAAGCUAAUCAAACCAUAGCUCCUGGCUCAGCAGAUGCUUACACUAUCAAUGGUCAUCCCGGAGAAACUUACGGAUGCAGCAACGAUACAACGUAUGAGAUGCAAGUAGAUUACGAGGGUCUUUACCUUGUUCGAGUAAUAAAUGCUAUUGCCAAUGAAACAAUGGUGUUUGGCGUAGCAUCCCACAGCUUCACCAUUGUUGGACAAAGCGGGGCUUAUAGCAGACGUUCCUUUACAAAUUCUCUAACCCUAGCACCCGCCCAAGUUGUUGAUGUUUUAUUGUGCGCAAACCAAAAUGUAGGACAUUAUUACAUCACUGCUCGACCUUCCUCCGGCGCACAUAUUACCAAUGGAAUUCUACGAUAUACCACCACUAGUUCUUUAAUUUAGUCAAACAGUUUGCGUUGAUAAAGAUUAAUAAUGUUGAUGUUCAAAUAAGAAGACCACUCAAUCACAAUAUAGGCGUGGAAAUAAUUUGAUGUUUGUUGUUUUAAACGAGGAGUUCUAAAUGUUGUAAUGUCAAGUUUUCUUUAACCAA